ACGGGCGCAGGGUAGGGCAGGUCCGUGGGUCCGUGCGCCUUCAUAAGGUGGACUGUGGGUGUCAGCUCACCUGCUCAGACAGACCUCACCUGCUCAGACAGACCUCCAGCUUUCAUCUCAGCAGCUCAUCAUGUCUGCGACAGAUUUCAGCAGCAAGACCUACAGCCCCGGCAGCGGGGAUAAGCGCAUCAGCCACCCUAAAUCUGCCGAGAGGGACAGCAUGGUUGGCCUGAACGACAAGUUUGUCCAGUUGAUUGAUAAGGUAAAAGACCUGGAGGAUGAGAAGAAAAAGCUGGAGAAAAAACUGGAAUUACUCAAGAAGCAGGACGACUAUGCUGCUAAAAUUKAUGAAAUUUUGAGGCUGAAGGAGAACGAGCUGGAGGAGAAAAYUGACCAGUUACUCCGGGACAAGGACAAACUGAAGGAUUACCUGGACAAGAUGCAGAAGGAGAMGGAUGACAACAAGAAGAGGUAUGAGGAUGAGAUCGAUAAGAAAGCUGAAAAGGAGAAGGAUUUUAUUCUUUCCAAAAAGGAUGCAGAUGAAGAACAUUUGCUGUUAGUGGCAGAAGCUCUGGAUCUGGAGGAUCUGAACAGAGAGCUGGAUCGCCUUAACCCAUUAUUUGACGAGGAGAUCAAGGAGCUGAAGUCCCUGAUCAGGAAUGAGAAAGUGACCCUUCGUGAAGACAACAAGCGCCACCUGGACAUGGAGGACAUUGUCAAAGCUGUGGAGAAACAAUAUGCUGACUUGGCUGACCGUGCCAGGAAGGAGGCAGAGAAUUGGAACCAGAAAAAGAUGGACGACAUGGUCUCCAGUGUCUCACAGGUGGAGCAAAAACUGCGUGRUGUAAAGAGGGAGAUCUCUGACCUGAAGCGCCUCAUUCAGAGGCUGAAAGGAGACCUGGAGGGUCUGAGAAGGAAGGAAGACGCAGUGAAGAAGGACAUCGAGGACGAAAGACAAGACUGCGAUGAAAAAUUGGAGAAGGCCCAAAAAGACGUCAAGCAGAUAGAGGACGCCAUAAACAGGAACAAGCAAGACUUGGCCCAACAAGUGAAGAAUCACCAAGAGCUGCUGAACCUCAAACUGAGCCUCGACAUUGAGAUCGCCACCUACYGUAAGCUGCUGGAGGGCGAGGAGAUAAGAAUGAAUUAUCUCCAUUUCAACACAG